UACAUGCCAUUAGAAAGCCCAUCUCUGGAAGGGAGGAGGGGAGGGUGGUCUCAAUCUCAGCUAAGAGGCUACUUUAGUCCCCCAACAUAAGCACAUUCACAGAUGUCUCUGCACGCGUAGAGCCGUCUCAGCCGUCACGACAGAGCAGCCUGCUUCUGUGCUGAAGCAACGAGCCGCGAACAGAGAGGAGCAUAGAGGGGCAGACAGAGAUUCAAAGAGAGGUAGUGAGGACAAGGGUGGGAGGGAGAGCAAGAGAAAGAAGAGGUGAAGAGCCACAGAGCAAAAACACAUACAUCGCUGCCACUCUGACGUCUCCCCUCAUGCACCAGUUUCGGCGUGUGUGAGCGCAAGAAGAGGAGAGAGGGAAAGGAGGAAAACAAAUCCUGGGAGCUUGGGUCCUCUCUUUGCUUUACAUUCUCCUCUCUCUUUUUUUUUUAUCUCCAUCAUCCAAGGCAUGAAGACGGGUUUCAGCUGGCUUGGCAGAAUAAAAGAAAGGGAUGCUUUGAAUGCUGCCUCUCUUUCGACAAGGGACAAGGAAGAGGAAGGGGGGGACAACACACAGCAGGGACAAAAACAGGAUUUCUAGAAUGAAUGGGAGUCCUUCUGCUGCAUGCGCUGGGAAUAGCAGUCUCACACUGAAGUCUCUAAAUGAGGAGGAUUCUAUGCUGUGUUGAAGCUGCGUUGGCUGCCGUGGGUGGAUAUGUUGUCUUCUUUGGAGGGGGCCCAACCCUGAGGAGGUGAAACUUGCUGGGAGUGUUUGGAUGUCACCCGUGCCACAGCUUCUACUACGUCUGACCACCUUCAGCUGCACACAUCUCUGCUCUCCAAGCGGCACCAAUUAAGAGCGAGCUCGAGGCAAAGGCUUGUGACAGUAUCUGACGACGCCGACGCAAGGAGGAAGGAAUACACUGGAGGAGGGGCCUGUGUGCUCACUGGGGACGGACGGAGCGCUGCUUGUGCGGAGUUGCCUGUCUGCUUGAGUGGACACGGCAGGGGAAGAGCAGAAACGGAGAUGACCGGCUGAAGUGUCAUGGAGGAUGUCACCGCUAGGUAGCCCGUUCAGUAUGCAGUGUGGCCUUCCCAGCUGCGCAUCCCCAGUGGUGCCAUGAUCCAGUUCUAACUGUGGGUAAUGCCGAGCCAAAUAACCAAUCCUGGAGAUGCCGAAGAGAAGAGAUAUUCUUGCCAUCGUGUUGAUCGUGUUACCCUGGACUCUGCUCAUCACUGUUUGGCACCAAAGCGCUAUAGCUCCACUCCUCGCCAUCCGCAAGGCCUGUCACCACCUAGUAAAAGAGAUCUUUAUCAUUCCAGAGAGGCUUGCAGUCCGCCACCACCGGCUCUCAGAUGACGGUGUUGAGGGCAAGAGGGAGGCAGGUGGCCAGGCGCAGGACUCCAAGGAAUACUGCGCCUCAGAUAAGGACAUUGUGGAGGUGGUGAGGACAGAGUAUGUGUAUACGAGGCCUCCGCCCUGGUCCGAUGUGCUGCCUACUAUUCACAUCAUCACCCCCACAUAUAGUCGCCCCGUGCAGAAGGCAGAGCUGACACGGCUAGCAAACACCUUCCUCCACGUUCCCAACCUGCACUGGAUCCUGGUGGAGGACUCCCAGAGGAGAACACCUCUUGUCACGCGACUCCUCCGAGAAACAGGACUGAACUACACCCACCUCAACGUAGAGACGCCCAGGAACUAUAAGCUGAGAGGUGACACUCGGGACCCGAGAAUCCCCAGAGGGACCAUGCAGAGGAAUCUGGCCCUGCGCUGGCUGAGGGAGACCUUCAACGCUAACAGCAGCCAAGCUGGAAUUGUCUACUUUGCCGAUGACGACAACACAUACAGCCUGGAGCUGUUUGAGGAGAUGAGAUCGACUCGGAAAGUUUCAGUGUGGCCUGUGGCCUUUGUGGGCGGCUUGCGGUACGAGUCCCCCAAGGUCAACGCAGCCGGGAAGGUCUACGGCUGGAAGACGGUGUUCGACCCCCAUCGGCCCUUUGCCAUUGACAUGGCUGGCUUCGCUAUCAACCUGAGGCUCAUCCUUUUCAAGCCACAGGCGUACUUUAAGCUUCGAGGGGUGAAGGGAGGCUACCAGGAGAGUAGUUUGCUCCGGGAACUUGUCACACUCAACGACCUGGAGCCCAAAGCCGCCAAUUGCACUAAGAUUCUGGUUUGGCACACAAGAACAGAGAAGCCUGUUCUUGUAAACGAGGGGAAAAAAGGAUUCACAGACCCCAAUGUGGAGAUUUGACCGUUUUUCCUCAGAACACGGUGGUUGGCCUUGGACCUGCAGAGUGGAGAAAACAGUCGAGUUUCGUGAUAAGUGCAACCAGCGCUCAUGUCUUAAUCAUCAGAAAAUUUUCAAAAAGAGAAGUACGGGGCCUUUUUGAAGGGGGUUCUAAUCCUCUUGACUGAAUCUGACAUUUUUAAAAUAUGGACCAAAAACAGUACAAACGUAUUAAAAGCACAGAUUAGUAAGAGGUGGCGGUGGCUCGUCAGGUCCGCCACUGAAGUGCAGAGGAGACGACGUGAAAGGACGUCUCGCCGGGUCGACGUGGACACUCGUAACCUGCACCGCCACCGAACGAUGGCCCGUUGAAGACCACCCCUCAUAAAAGACAGCACAAUAUGAAAAGCAUACAGCCAGCGGGUUCAGCCAAACAAGCAGGUUACAAAAAAAUAUCCUCCACCUCAUAUGACAAAGCAAAGGAAACAAAAACACAAAUGGGCCUGGAUCUGCACACGGCACACCAGAGAAAUUCCUCUCGGAUUUAAAGACACGGCCGACAUCAUCAGCCUGGAUGAAUACAUGACUCCAAGGACAAAGAUGUCUCAUGUGGAUUUUCCUUUUGAGCAAACACAAACAUAGCAAGGGAAGGAAUGUUCUUUUGAUAACUAUGAAAUGUUUGCUUUAAUUUAAUUUAACUGGUUUCGGCGUUUUACAAGCACUUGACUUGCUAGUUCAAUACUACUGACUCUUACCUACAUUUACUCUUGGGUUAUCAUCGUCCAUUUUAUAGUGUCAUUGAAACUCAUGCAUUUAAGCCCACCCACACACUUGAAGAAAGGAGUGUACCCCUCAUGCUCGGGAGCUGAAUUAUGUAAACACUAAAAUCUCUUAGCACUGAAAAACACACAAAUAUAAUGAGAAACGAGAACAAUCAGAGGAGAAACUUUGACAAAUGCAUUGUAAUUACUGUAUUUAUAUGUAAAAAUGAUGAAGAAUGACACACGACAAGGCACAGGUUCACUCUAGGUUCAGCUCAUUGAAAGACGAAUAGCACAUUACAAACUUCAUUUCGUCAGAACAAGCCCAGUUUGUGACACAUUCAUAACACAAGAGACGAGAACUUCAAACCGUGGCAGAUUCACAAACACCGACCUGACUUCCCUCCGUGUUGGUUAAUAUUUCCCCUUGUCUAUGCACACUCUGCACUGCACUGGUCACCAAGGGUCAGCUGUGUGUAGUUAUGAAUAAAUAAAGAACAUUAAGGAUGAAGCAGCAGCAGACCCCAAAUAUUUGCUUUUGUCAGCCCCUCUUUGUCCAGUCAAAAAACAUACCUAAAUGCAUUAAGCAUGACCCCAAAUACUCAUAUUUCUUUAAAAACCACAGCUUCCACAUAUGAAAUCAGAUUAUACAAGCAACAUUAAAGUGACAGCAGGCUAAAGAAAAGCACAAUGAAAAUCAAAUGUAUUUUUGCUAAUAAUUUGGUAGCAAUUAAGACAUGCCAUCCUCAGUACUGAAGCCUCAUGCUUUCUGUUUGUGUACCCAUGAGCUGUAUACAUUAAGCGGAUCACAAAAGGGAGUCACUGCACCUCCAGCGAUAAACAUCAGUAGCGAUGGCAUUGUACAUUUUAACAAAGUUAUUCUGCGCCUCAUAUAAUAGAAACUCUGCUUGAUAAAUCAUCCAUCUUAUGCACAUUGGUGGUUCUUAUCUAACAUUGUCCGGCAAGAAGUAGCUGGAGAUAAUUCAAACACUGAGCCUCUGUACUGUUGCCAGAUUAUCUCUGAGCACCCACAACCCACCUACCCCACCUCACACACACACACACACACACACACACACACACACACAAAACCCAACAAAAUACGCUGCUGCACUAUUAAAACUUUUACAAAGACGCUAUAUCUUCUCAGGCUCAUCAGCCGGAGAGACAGUAUGUUAUUACACAUUUCACCGGGAAUAUGAUAAGAUUGAAUAUGAGGACAAAAGGCUGUUUCGUAUCUCUCAUCACACUGGCUGUUUUCAUUGACUGCAUGAUAUUACACUUUCGUGGGGAUCAGCCACGGAGAUCACUGACUAUCCUCCCAUUAUUUAUUCAAAAAAAAAAUCAAAUUUAAUAUAUUUAUUUAUAUAUUUAUUUCAAGCGUGGGUGUGCAAUUGAAUCAUGGCAGUGUUUCCUUGCCCUAAAAAUCUCUGCUCUCUUAAACAGCAUGCGCACAUGCAGAAUAUACUGUACACACGAAUUACCAUAGAGAUCAAUAACAAUAGGUACCAGCAAGUACUCUAGCACUGCUGAUAGCUAAGUUGCACUUGAGUGGUCUUUAAUCAAACGAAAAGAAUCCACUUGAAAUGUUUCAGCACUGAAGCAAAUUAUGACGUGUAGUCCAAAGUGGGAAAAUGCCAGUGUGUAUAAAAAGAGAAGACUUUCCUUUACAAAGCAGCAUCAUUUGUUUUCGACAUGUUGUUUAUCAUUUCCUCCUCAAGUGAAACUAAAUCCCCUGCUCUCAUCUUCUAAAUGUUGCUUUUGUCAAGUUGCCGGCAAACAAAUGUCAUGUGGUGUACAGAUCAGCAUGUGGUUGGACUGGUUAAAUAAGAGUCUGUGAUGUUUCUCUCUGUGGUGUGUCCUGAAGCAGCAGAACAACGAAAAACAGGGCUUCACCUCUCAAGUGAUUUCAUUACGUCGCCCUCCAUCUGAUUUGAAACUUCUCUGAUUCCAACAGAUGACGCAAUAUAUUAGUCUAUUAGAACUGGCCUUCCUAUGGUAUACAUCCACUUUAGCAUUUACUGUCAGUUAAUGAGCUUCUGAGGGUUUCUCUAAGGCACAAAACACACGAGUCCUCCCUUUUUCCUCAUCUCCACUGUCAUCUUCCAGCCUCAUGUGAUUCACAUUUUAUGCAUGUGAAUGUUAAGGUUGUUUAUUUGCCACAGCAGUUCUGUCUCAGAGAAAGAUGUUAGUUGAAUCAAGAGAAAUAAAUAACUGAGAAGAACCUCA